AUACGUUUGUGAAAGGGUUACGAGCUAACUCAUUUAGUGAGUUCCUUGUUAGAAACCUCGCGCUGUUGUUGGCGAAGAUCAGGCUUAGAGCCUCAACCCAUAUUGAGGUUGAAGACGAGAUAUAAGCGACGACAGGAAAAGCGUGCCACAAACGUUGUAUGAUCCCGAGACGCCCGUCGUCCGUGGGAAGACGUUGUCCAAGGCGCAUUGAUAGAAGGUUCGCACCCUACGUCACCCAAGCUUCCACUGCAAGGUGGGAAUGUAGGGCGGAGGACAUUAAAGAUUGUGCACUAUCUGGGACCAGAAUACAGGCUGAAAGUCUAGCUGAUAAAGAAAUCGUAAAACAUCUUAGGUGGCCUGAACCGACCAACCGAGUUUUGGGCGACCAUCGAUCAUUCUAUUCUCAUUAAAAAAAAUAUUCCCCUUCGUUAAAUAUGACAUCUAUGUUUGAAAAUAAUAAAAAAACUAAAAUUAGAAAAUAUUCUUAAAAUAUAUUUUUGAAGAAAGAAUUUAUGUAAAAAUACAGUAUAAGCAUUUAUGUAUUUUUGAUUCUAAUUAUGUUUUCAGGUUUUGGUAGAGGUAGUUUUAUAGUAAAAAGUUUAUAUAAAAAAAAAAUGAAAUAGUGCAUUAGGUGAAAAAGGGUGGUCAGCCAUGUCAUCACCGACAGGCGCGGAGGCGCCGCUGUUCCACAACCGCCACGACGCCGCCCGAGCGCCCGCGCUAGCGGUCCUCCUCGGUCGAGCCGGCGGCCGCCCAGACCCCUCCAUGCUGGUGACCGCGGUGUGCGAUUUCAUCUCGGACUUGAUCCACUCUAAGCCGGUGUUGGCCCUCGAGAUGUCGUGGAACAUGGCCUUCGUGUUUGUCUCGGCCGCGAUGCUUGCAUGCACCACCAGCGAGCGGCCGAACUCGCCGAUCCGUUUGUGGAUCGUCGGGUACGUUCUGCUGCGCUUUAUGCAUGUGGUGCUCCUCUGGCUCACGUACCGGCAUCAUCGUAGCCGGUGGGAGUCGCACCGUGGCCAGGGGACGCAGGACGUUGAGAGCCAAACCGGCAGCGACGAUGAUGAGGGUGGCAACGAUAGCGACAGCGUCGUGGAUGGGAGCUCUGGCAAUUCGUCUUGCCGGUUCUUAAAACGAUGUGAAUCAUUAAUUUCUAGGGUUUCACUCCUUUGGUGGUUAGUGGGCUUUUACUGGGUUGUCUCUGGUGGCGAUAUACUUCUGCAAGAUGCCCCACGAUUGUACUGGUUAUCUGUUGUCAUUCUGGCAUUUGAUGUCUGUUUUGUUAUCUUUAAUGUUGUCAUGAUGUGCUUGGUUGGUAUUGCUCUGUGUUGUUGUUUGCCCGGCAUCAUUGCUAUUCUGUAUGGGGUUGCAGGACAGGAAGGUGCGUCAGAAGCAGAUCUUAGCAUACUUCCAAAAUACAGAUUUCGAAUACUAAGCAAUGAGGAUAAGCCCAGUGGUGGAGCUGGAUCAAUGGUUCCCAUAGAAACCAGCAGUGCUUACUUGGCAAAUGAACGACUGCUUUUACCAGAGGAUACGGAAUGUUGUAUAUGCCUCUAUUCAUACGAAGAUGAAGCGGAGCUCCAUGCUCUUCCUUGCAAUCAUCAUUUUCAUUCUUCAUGCAUAGUGAAAUGGUUGAAAAUGAAUGCCACUUGUCCUCUUUGCAAAUACAAUAUUCUCAAGGGAAACGAACAAGUGUGACAGAAAGUGAAGGAAGAACUUACCAAGUGCUCACCGGUUAUUUUAACAGCUAUUGUUUAAUAUGUAUAUAUACUUUUAAAUAGGGGUAUCAAAAAGGCUAGUCUGGCUCGAUUUGAAUUGUCCAAGGUCCGAUCUGUCUUUGACCCAUAAAAAAGGGGUCAAAGCUGACUGACCUACUAGACAAAAAUGGGUAAGAAGUUGUAACCCGUCCCUCUACAAGACAGACUUGCAGGCUGGCCUGUCGGCUCUUUUAAUA